AUGGCCGAACUCAGCAUUAAGGAUGGCAUGAAGGCCUAUGUUGAUGAUGUGGAGCGUGAAAUGGAGGAAGGCUGGGGCAAACGGCUGAACGAUGACGAGAAUCAGAAAUUCAGGCACUCAUUGGUUGCCUUCGCAGACGAGGAGGGGGCCUUCAUGGAGAAUGCUUGGGGCCCUCAGAACCGAGACCAAAACAGGCUUGGACACCACAUCAGGGAGCUGGUGGAUCACUUGGUCGGAAAAGUCAAGAGCAGAGCCAUGGACGCCGGCCGCGCCCACGAGAUUGACGAAGCGGACCUAAUCAAUCGAACCAAGAUUACCAUCUAUGAUGGCCCUCUCAGCAUGCCUGGUUCUCACAUCCUGACAGGGGAGAUCGAAGAGGCUCGACCUCCCGAGAGUGAAGAUGCUGCUGUGGAGUUUACCGUCGCGACCCCCGACAUGGACUUUCAGGUGUCCUACCCACGUCAAGACUUCCAAGAUCUUGAGGUCGAUGAAGAUGACAUUCGGGGAGAGAGGGAGUUGGCAUCCGGCGCCUACCAUGAACCAAUUCCAAGCGGACCCGAGUUCGAGGACCAGAUCAGAGGUUUCCAAGGCAUGUAUGAGGAUGAGAUGGAUGAGAACGACGAUGGCCAUUUCCAGCCUGUGUCGCAGCAGGGUGAUAACUUGGGCUUGAUGGACAACAGCCUUGACAACAUGGACGCUGUCGGCAGCGCCCCUCUCCUUCCCCUACAGUGGUAUGAUCAUGCACAGGGAGAGGAUGUGAUGGAGUCCAUCGAGGAAGAUGAUAUCAUGGAGGACGACAACGAUGCCAAGGGCAAGCAGCCCCAGCAGGCAAAGGCAAAGGCCCCUUCUGAGCACCCCCGCCACAAGAACAACAAUCUCUGGGACGUUGUGGUGGACGCCGAAAAGCCCGAGGGACAACCCACGGGCUACAUUUGCAAGUUUGCCCGCUGCAAUGGCUGGCAAGGCAAGUGGACUUCCCGCAAGGCCCACUUCGAGGUCAAGCACCCGGAGGAGUGGUUUGCCUUCAGCGGAAAGCGGGCCAAGGUGCACACAUGCCAGGUCGAUGGCUGCGGCUGGUCCACCACCCACGGAAAUCACUACAUGAAGAAGCACAACAAGGACAAGCACGGCUUGAGCGAGGAGUGA